GAGAGGUUAAUGCGAUGCGAUUGUUCCUUUGUGCAAGUUAUUCUUGUUCCUCGUCUUCAUGUGAUUGACAAAUAUCGUUGUCGCCGUGACAAACUCAAGAGAGAGAGACAAAGAAGACGAUAAGAGGAGGAAGACGAAAAUGGGGCUGGUGGCGGCGGUGGACGAUACCGUAACGCUGCAAAACUUAGGCGACAAGGCCCGAUUCGUGAGAGAGUCGCUGCAAAAGAGCCAAACCACCACCGACAACAUGGUCACCAUUCUCGGCUCCUUCGACCACCGCCUCUCCGCCCUCGAGACCGCCAUGCGCCCCACCCAGAUAAAAACGCAUUCGAUGCGCAGGGCGCAUGAGAACAUCGAUAAGACACUCAAGGCUGCUGAGCUCUUCUUGAGCCAAUACGAUCUUUCACGCCAGGCAGAGGCUAAAUUACUGAGAGGGCCCCAUGAAGAUUUAGAAAGUUACCUAGAAGCAGUUGACCAACUGAGAAGCAUUGUACGAUUUGUUAACAGUAAACAGAACCUUAAAAAUGGUAUUCCGGUGCUUAACCAUGUCAACAACUUACUUUCAAAGGCUAUUGUAAAAGUAGAUGAGGAAUUCCGACAACUCCUAAUGUUAUACAGCAAACCCAUGGAACCUGAUCGUCUUUUUGACUGCCUACCCAAUUCUACAAAACCAUCAUCAGGAUCUCCAGGUAAGGGUGACGCUAGUGGCAGGAAACCAUCUUCAGCAAAUCACAGCUUGGAAACUACUGUUUUCACAGCUCCAUCUCUCAUUCCACCCAGAGUUUUGCCAUUGCUCCAUGAGUUAGCUCAACAAAUGGCUGAUGCUGGGCACCAGCACCAGUUGUUUGAUAUUUACAGGGAAAUCCGUGCUACAGCAUUGGAACAGACCCUCAGAAAACUAGGUGUUGAGAAACUUAGUAAAGAAGAUGUCCAGAAGAUGCAGUGGGAGGUUUUAGAAGCUAAGAUUGGAAAUUGGAUUCAUUUCAUGCGUAUUGCUGUAAAACUGCUAUUUUCUGGGGAAAAGAAAAUCUGUGAUCAAGUAUUUGAAGGUUCUGAUUCACUCAAAGAGCAGUGUUUUGCAGAAGUUACAGGGAAUAGUGUUGCUGUGCUCCUUAGUUUUGGAGAGGCUAUUGCCAGAAGCAAGAGGUCGCCUGAAAAAUUAUUUGUUCUUUUAGACAUGUAUGAGAUAAUGAGAGAGCUUAAGCCAGAGAUGGAAACAAUUUUUGUAGGUAAAUAUUGCCUGGAAAUGAGAGAAUCUGCCAUUGUUUUGACAAAGCGUCUGGCACAGACAGCACUGGAGACAUUUGGGGAUUUUGAAGAAGCAGUAGAAAAAGAUGCCACAAAAACUGCUGUUCUAGAUGGAACUGUCCAUCCUUUGACUAGCUAUGUCAUAAAUUAUGUGAAGUUUCUUUUUGACUACCAAAUAACAUUGAAGCAACUUCUCCAAGAGUUUGAUGGAGAUGAUCCACAGAACCAGUUAGCAGCUAUAACAACAAGAAUUAUGCUGGCUCUUCAGAAUAACCUGGAUGGAAAAUCUAAGCAGUACAAAGAUCCGGCUUUGACUCAAUUAUUUCUUAUGAACAACAUUCACUACAUUGUCAGAUCUGUGCGCAGGUCAGAAGCAAAGGAUUUGUUAGGUGAUGACUGGGUACAAAUACACAGAAGGAUUGUGCAGCAGCACGCAAAUCAGUACAAGAGAAUUUCUUGGUCCAAGAUUCUUCAGUGUCUCACCGUUCAGGGCCUUUCAGGCGCCGAUAGUGGCAGCAAUGCUGGAGUCUCCAGAGCAAUGCUGAAAGAAAGGUUCAAGACCUUCAACAUUCAGUUUGAGGAGCUUCAUCAAAGACAAUCUCAAUGGACAGUUCCCGACAGUGAGUUGCGCGAGUCUUUGAGGCUGGCGGUGGCUGAAGUCCUUCUGCCUGCCUAUCGAUCUUUCGUUACUCGCUUUGGGCCUCUAAUUGAGAAUGGUAAAAAUCCCCAGAAGUACAUCCGAUUUAGUCCAGAGGACCUUGAACGCAUGCUGGCUGAGUUUUUCGAAGGAAAGACAUGGGGAGAGCAGAAGCGAUGAUCCUUUUUGGCUCUCCCAUAAAGCAGGGGAGUGCCAUGCACCAAGAAUCCCUUUGUUUUUUGUUUUUCUUGAAGAUGCUUCUUUUCUAACCAUCACUUUAAUAAUGACUUCAAAAUAAUUGGUCUCUAUUGUAAGGUACUCCCUAUGCUUUAUAUAUAUC